GUGAAAAGCGCUUAUAUUCUUUGGGCGGGCCAUUGACACCUUGGCCCUUUGUUCCAUUUGCACACAUACACACAGCACUCAUCCUCAUUCCUCAUUCUCUUAGGCCCAUUGCCACAGAUCACUUUCACUUCCACUUGCACUCUCACAGCAGGGCCCAAGGAGUCGGUGUCGCUUCCCUACUUUUGUUUUCUCACACUCCCUCCUCUUCUGCACAGCAAGUCCCAUCACUCACCAACUGAUCAGUCCUUGCUACCCUCGACCCAUUGCCUCCAAAAGCACUAUACAUUCACCACCCUCCUUGCUCUUCCCCACUCCUCUUCUCACCCUUAUUUCUCCAAACGUCUUUGCCCACAUUGACUCAGCCUGCAAUCUACUGAGGGAAACCUCCUUCAAUUUCAACUCUCCCGCCCCUCUUCCCUUCUCAUAACAACCCUGUUCCUGGAUAUAACCCAUGGCCGACAUUGUCGUCUACGACGACUCGCCUCUUGCCCAGUACCUGCAAGAGAUUCAAGGAGAGCAACAUGGGACGGACCUACAGCACACAACGGUCCCUGUCCACGAGCCAGAGCCCCAGCCAGAGUUCAUAGGCUUCCGUCUGGCCCAUAAUGCUGUCGAUAUGUUGGCACAUCUGGUCGAGUACCUCACGCAUACGUUCUCGUCCUCGGCAGCAGACACUGAGGAUGCCGAGUUCGAGGAGCGGUUCAAGUACUUCAUCUGUACCUCUCCGUUUCUCAACCGGACAGUAACCCUGCACUCGCACGAACGUGGCCGUCGCACAGAUGUACCCAUGACGGUCGAGUACGCCUCCAAAUUUAAUCCAGGCCGAUUCGGAUAUGCGCUCGGCUUUGGCACGCUCGCGACACUGGUGGCCCGAUCGGUCCUCACCCGGACACGCGUCGGACGACUACCGUGGAUGAAACCGUUCCUGAGUCGGUCUGCCGCUGUCUCAGUCGCGCUCGCAUCGUCCGCGUGGAUGUUGAGAAUACUGCAACGGAGAAACAUCCAGGCUACCCAAAACCAGGCACUCCGAUCGCUGCAAAUACUCGUCAACCACUGCCAGGCGCUCGAUGCCAAAGUCAAUCGCGCUAUCAUGGUCAUUCAGGAGAUCGAGCUCGUUUCGCGGGGCUACCGACUCUCGACGCCCCUGGCACCCAUCUCUCGCAUCGAGCAGGCCUCCAAAACCCGCCGCUGCAAUCUGGUCCGCGCUCAAUUGGUUGCUGUCCUCACCAAGAGCGGUGCCUUGUUCCAACGAUCGACGGAGACACUGCAAUCCCAUAUCGACCACAAACGACUGAGCACACUUCUGGACAUGUACAACAGCACACCGUCGCCUCGUCCUAGUUCUCCACGUCUUUCUAUCGACCAGGAGAGUGCGGGCGCUACGACUCCAAGACCCCAUGACCAUCGACAUCCGCAUUCGCACUCGUAUCCUGUCUCCCACGACGCCAACACCGCGCCCGAAACUGAUAACCUGACUUUGACUGCCUCCCCAACCUCUGAACUCCAAUCACCUCUGCCCUCAUCGUUCUCGCAGCAUAUCCGCCAACAAUCCAUAUCAAGACGCCGCAGCAACACAAUGGCAGGAUCCCGACAGAACAGUAGGCCCAGUAGCUAUCACGAACACAGCCAUUCUGCCCAUGCUUAUCAGGAACAUCCAGGACUUGCUUUUGGCAGACGAACAACUCAACGACACCGUACCUCUUGGUCCGCAUCAGAGGGCGAGGACUCGGACUCUGGAGCAACCUCUGUGAACAUCUCCCCUCGAUCUAGCACCUAUUCAAACAUGGACAGCUCCCCGACACUGGUGAAUACACCGGAAAUGACAACCUUGGAACGACUUCGAAAGAACUUCCAGCGUAUGCAUGUCCAUCGCCGUGAAUUUUUGUGCGAGCUCCUUGCGAUCCGCCGCAAAAGUCGCAAAGGACGACAGGGACUGAACGCGCUCAAGGACUAUGACCGAAACUGGACUGUUGUACGCGACGUGCUGCAGGAUGGUGUUGCUGGAAUCGAGUCGCUCGUCGAUGAGCUGAGCAAGGUUCUUGACUCUGAACUAUAUACCCUGCCGAGGAUUGAUACCCAAGGCAACAAGAGCUCGAGCUCGGACCAGGAUAAGCAACUGCAACCAUUUGUUCAUCGUCUCGCGCUUCUCGAGCAGCAUGUCCGUGGCGUACAGGCAAAGCUGUUUAUCUGCAAUGAGGACAUCAAGGAAACUGUUCAAGAAGAACCUGUGGAUCUUGAGAAACGUCGGCUACUGGAAAUGCAAUACGAAUCAAUCAGUCUGGAUAUCAGUAUGAUGGCUUCAGAAUGGCAACUUGGAAAAACGGCACUCAACCACGUCUUUGAGCCUUCAGUUGCGAGACCAAUACCUGAGGAACGGGAAGCGCUCUUGCUCGAGGAACAAGAUGGUGGUAACGGAUUUGACAAUCAGGCAAUGGAAAUGGGACCAAUUAUUGACUCAAUGGAACUUUUGGAGGAUCAACAACGGCUUAUGGACCUAGCCGCUAAGCGCGAAGAGACCUGGGAGGCUUCAACAGAAGCAGAACUCGGCGGGUUCGCGUCUCGAAGGGUAGGCGUACUUGUUGGGCCAGAUGGCAUCAAGAUGACUCGUGCAGAGAGAAUAGCGCAUCAGAAGGUGCUUCGUGAGCAGGAGGAGCUUAGGAAGGAACGGAGCUAUGACAACUCAAAGAUGGUGCACGAGCUGAAGGAUGUCUUGGGACGGAGACGGCAUCUUCGAGAGAACGACGAUGAGCAACCACAACACCAAGAACAACAUGGAUUGACUUUUAUUAUACCCACCGGAGUGCCAGAAUCCUCAAGCUCUGCCUCAUCAUCGUCUCAUUCUUCAAUGGAUGUUCGGGGAUAUUCCCUAGAAACGACGUUGUCGACGCAUAUCAUGGAUAGCGAACUUCAACAGCUGUCGCUCGAACAGGACUCGUCCUUACAAUACAUUUCUCCGUUUUCGCUCAAUGCACCGGUAUUUUCAAGUGAACCAAAUUCUUCUGUCACCACCCUGGAUCAGGAGCUGGCAGGGCAAGUGGAAGAUUCUUAUAUCGAGAUCUCUGGCGUCGGCGAGGCUGAAGAGGAUGAAGAGACGCGAGAAGAAUAGGUCCAGACACAGGAUAGGCCGUAAACACGGUACCCAGCAUUGUAAUCUUACAACAACAUAUCAAUUGACAUCUACAGCUACAUUUACAACCAUCUCUCCUCGCCACAUAAUGUAAUAAAAUAAUCUCCACUCCUCUCUUUCAUUACAUC